GCGAAUGACUCCGGAAUCAUCGAAGUUACGGUCUUAACUCUUACGGGAGAAAAAUCGUCAAAUUUCUUUUUGGUGCAUUGUGGUAUAAUCCCGGCCAGGCCGGCCUAUACGUAUAAAACGCCGUAAAACAAGAAUUUGUAUAACUAUUUAUAUUUUAUAAAAAGCUAUUUCUUUAGUGAAAACAAAUCAUUAGGUAAUAGGUAUAUCGAUUCUUGCACUUCGUCGUAACUCGUAACAACAUCAUAAUGAUAAUGCUCCCGUCAAUGAAUGUUCGACAUCUUUUAUCAAGAACAAUUCAAUUUCAGCGAUUAACUGUGAAAAUGAGAGCUGGAGCCGUGCUGCUACAGCAGCAGUCCUAUUCCACAUCUGCUUCAAAUCCUGAGAAAGAAAAGCCCCGCUUCAGAGCUUUCAAUAGCUUCAGGACCAACCAUGGUGCCCGAAAUGCAUUGAUAGCUGAACGGGACUACUGUUUUUUGGACAGCGACCGCGACGUUCCUAUUGGUGCCAGAGAACGUUUCCGCUUGAAGCGUCAGCAUGAACUAGCGGCAGAUGUUUUGCGUCUGUUAAAAGAAAUUCAAUUUGCCAAAGAAUAUGGUGGCGUCGCAGGUGAAGAGCGGCGGGAGGAUCAACGCCGGCAGCACGUUAUUCAGAACAAACUCAAAAGCAAAGAACACAUGAAGAUCGAUCCUCUGAGCGAGGAAAUUGAAGAAAAAAAUUCCUAUACAAAAAGCCAGACCUAGUAGAACACUUUCAAAAAUAUUCUGUUAUUAUAUGUAGAUUAAAAUUUCAUGAUAUCUUUUUUUUAACCUUCUCUGGCAACUGAUGAAGUUAUUGUAGAAACGUUAUAAGGCUAAUGAACGUUUCCCACAUAGAUAGUUGAUAAAUUUAACAGGAAAAACGAAUUAAGAAGUCUCAUCAUUUGUAUAUGUAAUGUAUAUUCUAAAAUACGAUAAAAUGUUACCUAAUGAAUAGAAACCAAAUUUACUAUUGAUUCUCUUUCAAAUAAGCUAUGUCAACAUCUUUCAACAAGACUGACAACUUUGCCUUCCAUGCAUUGUACGUAGCCCUGUCGGUGGUAUAGCCCGAACCUGCUGCAAGAAAUAAUUUUCUCUUUUGGGUGUAUACAUCCGCCACACUAGGCUUCUUGAUGGUCUCGGCCACGUCUUCAGACUUAAAUUUUUUAGAAUUUUCUUGCUCGACACAAAUGUUUUCCAUAGAAAAUUUGUUUCUCAGUCCAUUUGAUAUAAACCUUGCAGCUUCGUAAAUUUUAGUCCGGGAUUUUUCCACGAGGUAGUCUGUAGAGGAUAACUGCCCAGAACUUGAAGAAUGUUCACGUGAUAAGCUUGCUACUUCUUGCGAGGCGCUCUCGACAGGCGUGAUAGUUCCGUCGAAGGGCAAAACAGACUUGAGAGCGUGAAUCAAGAUAAGGCCUUGUCGCAGGUCCCUGAAAAAAUUUUUUGAUAGAUUAAACUCGCCACUCAUCGACUUUCCCUAUCAUUCAGAUAAUGUAUCCAAUCUAUUUCACUCAGAACGCACUCCAAGGUACGUAUUAAACUGUACAACGU